UCUCCUGUCUUCUCUGUAUUGAUUCCUUGCCUUUCUAGCGUUCCGGCUCAAAAUCGAAAAAUUUUUAAUAUAUUUCUAAUCAUAUACAUAUUCUUAAUUUAAAAAAUGGUUUUGGAGCUCGAGCAACUACCAAAUGACGUCACUGAACAUGUUGCAAAAAAUUUAAAUCCGCGUGAUCUAAUUGAGCUCUCAUUUUGCUCAGAAGCCUGGUUUCAUCUCAUAUCAUCAUUCAAAACUCGAAUCAAAGAGCUUUAUAUUAAUUGCAAAGAACUCGGACGUACUAGUGAAAACAAUAAUCUUGCCAAGGCUUUAAUUGGUGUCAAACCCUUUCAAAGAAGCUUUGUUCACAUUUUUGUAUAUCAGAGAACUCUAGAAGAACUCGAUGAAUUUUCAGGGGAUCCGAAGACUUGUUCGAGAGUCUUUGGGGAACGAGAGCUUAAAUGUCAAAUAGAUAAAUCCACAAUAAAAGUGUUCACAAUGGAUCCCAUCGACACUUUCUACUCAGUAAUGGAGCAUCUGCUUAACCUGUUCACAGGAUCAAUUCAUCAUGUAAACUUUGGUCAAUGUACACCAAAUAUCACUGGGAUAAUAUUGAAGUUAUUGAAAAUGGAGGGAAUUUCUUCAUGCAACACAUUAUCUAUCCCAUCCGGAGGGGCUAUUACUUCAGAUCUUUUGGAAUAUCUCCUACAGAAUCCAAAUUUGUUCUGUUUAAACAUAAAUUGUGCAGUUCGAGGAUCAUUUCAGUUUGUCAAGGAAGUCAACAUCACACAUCUGAGUCUGACAUAUCCCGAAUGGGUUACCAAUCGGAAUAUUUUGAACUUCCACUGUGAAACUAUAAAUCUGGAGGAUCCAAACAUAAAUGGCAUAGGGCUGAACUCAUUUAUCAAAACUUGGAUGAAAACUGACAAAAAGAAGCUCAAAAGGCUUUCAAUUAGUUUUUGCAAAGGAUGGAAUUGGGAAGAUGGAAAUAAUAUUUUCGAUGGAAUUGAAUAUGAACUGUUUGAUAAGAAUUUGAACUCCGGAACACAAUUUUAUGAGGAUGAGGAAAAGAAAAUAGAUUGCCUAAAUGGUAGAAAUAUUAAACGACCUGAUGGAACUUUGGCAACUAUCAAAUGUGAUGAUCUGCACUUCUAUUUUGUGGUUUGGAAUUAUUAAUAGUUCAUGAAGAGUUUUGAUUUUUGUCUGCUAACUUCACAGUUUCUUGUAAAUUUUGUUUUAUGUCUCAUUCAAUUUGUUGUUUUAAAUUACAAUGUAAUUGUUAUAAGUUAAUAAAAUAUUUUACAUUUU